GCGAUGGCGCCUGAGGACCACGAGGGGGCCGCUUCUCUGCUGCAGAGUUUCGAGCGCCGCUUCCUGGCGGCUCGCGCGCUGCCCUCAUUUCCCUGGCAGAGCCUAGAAGAGAAAUUAAAGGAGCCCUCAGGUUCUGAGCUGCUGCUGGCUAUUCUUCAGAAGACUGUAAAGCACCCCGUAUGUGUGCAGCACCUGCCAUCUGUGAGGUAUGCCCGCUGCUUCCUCUCGAAGCUCAUCAAAAAGCAUGAGGCUGUGCCCACAGAGCCUUUGGAUGCAUUGUACGAGGCGCUGGCAGAGGUUCUGAUGGCCAAAGAGUCCACCCAGUGCCACCGGAGCUAUUUGCUGCCUUCAGGGAACUCAGUCACGCUCUCUGAGAGCACAGCCAUCGUGUCCCAUGGCACCACAGGCUUGGUUACAUGGGAUGCUGCUCUCUACUUGGCAGAGUGGGCCAUUGAGAACCCAGCAACCUUUGCCGACAGGACUGUCCUGGAGCUGGGCAGUGGAGCUGGCCUCACAGGCCUGGCCAUUUGCAAAGCAUGCCACCCCAGAGCAUUCAUCUUCAGUGACUGUCAUGGCCAAGUGCUUGCACAGCUCCGUGGAAACGUGCUCCUCAAUGGCUUCUCCUUAGAGCCGCACACUCCCAUUGACUCUCGCAGCCCGAAGGUGACAGUGGCCGAGCUCGACUGGGACAACGUGGCAGCCUCUCAGCUCUCUGCCUUCCAGGCAGACAUUGUCAUUGCAGCAGAUGUGCUAUACUCCUGGGAGGUGACACUGUCACUGGUCAGAGUCCUGAAGAUGCUCACCGACUGCCAAAGGAAGAAUGCUCCUGAUGUCUACGUGGCCUAUACCGUCCGCAGCCAAGACACGGGCAAGCUGUUUGUCACAGAGCUGGAUCGCGCGGAGAUCUCCUGGGAACAGGUGCCCCCUCACACCAGCAAAUUGUUCCCUUAUGAGGAGCACUCGGCCAUCGUAAUCCUGAAGCUCAUGCUAAACAGGCAGCAUGGUGUUUGAAGGCGACUGGAAAAAAUGAGAUCACCAUCGUGGGAAGAGUCCAUGGGAAAGCUGAGCUGAAGAGGUUUCAGUUGAACAGGAAUACUAAAUAACAGACCACAAAUGUACAGUAAGCACGGGUUUUGAGUUCUGGUGCCUUCCUCAGCAGCUCAUCUGGAGUGGACACAAACUCAGGGCAAGCAUUUCCACUGUACAAAUAAAAACAUAAUUUAUCAA